AAAAAGAAACAUGACUAACAUGUUGCCUACUUCCUGGUGUUUAUGCUGACAGGUUGUACUAUUGGUUCGAUUAAUACACGGGAAUGGACGUUUUAAUGAUCAUCUUCUUUGUAGAAAUAUUAUGUUCAUAUGGAUAUGACGAUUUAUCAAAAGGCCAGAACGCAAACCAAUUUCCGAUUCGGAUUUGCGAACCUUUGUCUAUAUGUGCAGCAAAUAAUGCAGUUGACAGAAUCUCCAGUACAUGUAUGACGACAAAAAAAAUUGGUCUUAACUCCCCGGAGAAGACAACAUGGUGGUUUGUGAAUCUUGGUGAUGUUUACAGCAUAUACAGUGUCCGAAUACUGUUUAAAGAGCAUGGACCCACAUACGUGAUGCGACAAAGAGGUCGUUUAGCAGGAUUUUCCAUCUAUUUAUCUAUGCCUUCAACCAAGAGAGAUGAGUUCCUCUGCCAUAAAGAUGAACCCCCUGGACUUCCUCCUUUAGACUUUAACACAACCUGCAUUGGAUACAGUCAAUACUUCAUGUUUUACAACGAGAGGUUGGAUGGAGUUACUUAUGAUGGAUACGAAAGUCCAACUUUUACUGAAUUAUGUGAAGUAAUCGUAGAAGGUUGUAAGAAGCCGGGAGUUUAUGGGAGUAAUUGUAACUUGACAUGUCCGGUCACUUGUAAGGAACAGAGAUGUAACAUCGUAAAUGGGACGUGUUUUCAUUGUAUGCCUGGAUGGAUGGGAGCAUUCUGUGAAAAUAAAUGCCCUGCUCGGUGGUAUGGCGAUCGUUGUCAAUUUCAGUGCGUGGGACACUGUAAAGAAAAUGCCUCAUGCACUCAUGUGACCGGUGGAUGUGACAAUGGUUGCGCUGAAGGAUGGACAGGUGCCCAGUGUGAAAUACAGUGUAAAAGGGGAAUGUAUGGCCCGGACUGUAUCUACAACUGUAGUGGUCAUUGCCUUAAUGAUGACAUCUGUAACAGAGAGACUGGACAUUGUGAUACGGGGUGUAAGUCGGGAUAUACAGGACGAUUUUGUAAUAUGUCUUGUUCUCCCGGAUACUUUGGAAACCUAUGUAAGAAAACAUGCAGUAAUAACUGUUUACACAACAGAAUUUGUCGGCACACAGAUGGGAAAUGUGUAGAUGGAUGCGCUGAUGGAUACAUAGGGGAGAGGUGUAACAAAUCAUGUGAAAAUGGCCGUUUUGGUACAAAUUGUUCUAAUGUCUGCUCAGAGAAAUGUAUCGAUGUAUGUCGACACACUGACGGGGUUUGUAACUGUUCUCCCGGUUACAUGGGAUUCAGUUGUAUUAAAGAAUGUGAUGGUUCCUAUGGAAUAAACUGUCAACAUGAAUGUAGCAACAACUGUAUUAACAACACGUGUGAUAAAAUCAAUGGAAGCUGUACAUCAGGAUGCAAGGCGUCUUUUCGAGGCACAAAAUGUGAUCAAGGAACGAGUUCAGCAUCUCUAGUUUCUGACGAUCCUUCCUCAGACACACUGGUUGUAGGUGGCGCUGUAGGUGGAAUUUCCAUUUUGAUUGUCCUGGCUGUAUUGACUGUCUUGUUCUUAAGAUUGCGAAGAAAGUCUUCAAGAUCUGCGGUGAAGGAGAAUCUCAUAAGAAACCCAACCUUUUCUUCGAUGGAGUUGAAACCAAACGAAUCCCGGCUAAAACCAAUCAACAAUCAACAAGAUAAAAAUGUGAACGACGUGAAACCCCCUGUGAAUGAUGUCAUCGAAACUGUAAAGAGAGGUCGUCCGACUAACACAACCAUUCCUGUGAAGAAUCUCCAAGCCAUCAUAGAUAAGAUGUCUUUGGGAGAGCAUGCUGGCUUCAAACAUGAAUAUCACGAAAUCCCGAAAGGUGAACUGCAUCCGUGUGAGGAAGCCAAGAAACCUGAAAACAAACCCAAAAACAGAUACAAAACUACAUUUUCAUAUGACCACUCCCGAGUUAUUUUGAAAACUACAACCACAAAUGGCGGUGAUUAUAUCAAUGCCAACUACAUGGAAGAUGCAGAGGGCAAGCGGUCUUAUAUCGCAACUCAAGGUCCCAAACCGAAGACAAUAGCUGAUUUCUGGAGAAUGAUUUGGCAAGAAGGUGUAUCCAUCAUUGUCUGUUUAACGAAUCUAAAGGAAGGUUCAAAGAACAAAUGUGCACCAUACUGGCCGGAUAUCAACGAUAAAAUCCAGGAUGGAGACCUCAAUAUCAGAAACCUAAGAGAGAAAGACUACGCUAAUUGUACAAUAAGACAGUUCAAAUUCUACAACGGGAAGGAACAUAAAGACCGUGAGGUGGUAAUUUUUCAUUACACAAGAUGGCCGGACCAUGGAGUGCCCGAUCCACUUAGCCUCGUUAUCUUCCAUCGUCACGUGAUGAAAACGUCCUCAUCAUAUUCCGGAAAAUGCACAGUCGUACACUGCAGUGCAGGUAUUGGUAGAACGGGGACAUACAUUGCUCUGGACGCCCUCUAUAGGGAAGGUUGCAGGAAGGGUAGAAUCAACGUACCAAUGUACGUCAGAACCAUGCGGAAAGACAGAAUGAAUAUGAUACAGGGCGAUGACCAGUACAAAACUGUAUAUCUCGCAUUGUUUGAAUCCUUCCGUGGAAAAUCUAGAUGUUUGACAACAGAACAGUUUUUACAAGAAUGUGGAGGAGAAUCGUGUUAUGCGAAUGCUGGAGACAUCACUAUGAAGUCCCCGAAAUGCUCUGAAUUUGAGGAGUUACUCUCACUUCGGAAGGAAUACUUACAGAAGGAUUAUGAGUCUGGACGUGCGAAUAUAACCGCCAACUACACCAACAGUGUUCUACCAGUGGAUAGAUUUAUGUGCCGUCUGUGCUACUCAAAGGAAAGAAGUACAUAUUACAAUGCUGUUUUACAUCAGACUUUUACCGCUAAUGACCUUCUCAUUAGCGCCCAGUAUCCACUGCCUGACUACACAGAGGAUUUUCUGAGACUCGUGAAAGAAUUUGAUGCUCGUGUAGUGGUAUUCAUGUGUCCUUUGAAAGGCCUUAAAUCUUCACCCCUUUGGUUUCCAUCAAAAAACAACACCAAAACAGUGGGAAACUUCACAGUGAGACUGACAACCUUAACAAAUUCAGACAAUGUCUCCACAACGAAGAUAAUCUUAGACUGCAAGGGAGGAUCUGAGAAACAAAUAACUGUGUUGGAAUGUAAAGCGUGGAAGGACGGAGAAGCUGCUGUAAACAAAAGACCCUUACUAGACGUGAUCAAGGAAGCAAAAAGUGAAAAGCCGAAUCAGGAGGGAAGAAUUCUCAUUUUGUCAAGUGAUGGAGCCACGCGUUGUGGACCAUUCUGUGUUGUCUAUAACGCACUGGAACAGAUCGCCAUGGACAAAGAAGUGGACAUCUUCACCAUCGCACGUCAGUUUCAAGUUCGCAGAACUGAGUUUCUGUCUACUUUGGAUGAAUACCAACUUUGCCAUGAUGUUGUGGCGGAAUAUUUGCAAAAUGACGGUGUGUACGCAAAUUGUUAACGAAGUCUAUCUUAUGGAGUGCGUAAGAAAUGCAUUUCGUAAAAUGAAAGGUUGGAGGUUGUGUGGUUUCGACUUUUUUCAUACCGACAGGUACUUUGUGAAAACGUGAUCUCUUCAGCUGUGUAUUUUAAUGAGGAAAAAAAUUAACUCGACUUUUUUUUUGUAAAAUGGUAUAAUGUUAUUGUGAUUGAUACAUAGACAAUAGGAGUCUGAAUGUGCUGGACGACAUGCUGCUUAAAAGCAAAAAUAAUCUAGAUAUAGUGAUCCUUCCAUCUUAUGGAAUCCAAAUGUGAAGCUUUUGUGGAUUGACCAUCAAUUCAUGACUGAAAUCAAGUUAACAUAACUUUACACCCAGUCACUGGGGGUUUUAACUACAUGGAUUUGAUUUGCUAACUGAUUUAUUUCUACUCGUCGAAAA